UGUCUGUUGUCGCGCGGUGCGUCACCAAACACGAAACGUAGGCUAUUCAUUCUACAUUCCGCGCACACGGCGCAGCGGGCAGGCAGUCUCCGACCGUGAGAACGAACGAAGGCAAUGGCGUCCGUUACUCUCGGUCAGCACCCGGUGUCCCCGGUGUCUCAGCAGCACCAUAACAUCUCCGACUCCGAGACGCGUGAGUCUUUCUUCCUGCGCAAACUGCUGAGGAAACCGUCGCGUGAGAAAUUGAUGUUGACGAGGGGCAGCAGCAGCCUGGACGGCGAGAGCGCGCGGUCUCCAAUCGCGCCAAUCUCAGCGGCGGCAGCAGCAUCCUCGUCCCUCAGCUGUUCGCAGCCGCUGAUCACCGAGAACGGAGGAGGAGGAGGACCGCUGGACUCCCGGUGCUGCACCAACGGAUCCCUUCAGCUGCAGACGCCACGUAGCAGCAGCACGGACAACGACAACGCUGCCGUUGCCACUGCUGCGGAGGAUAACGGCAACCUCUUGGUGGAGGAGCCCGUCGGCGCGAGAGCGCGUUGCCAGGAGGACAGCAUGCUCGUGGCCGCCAACGGCUCCCAGUUCGGACCGACUGGACUACUAAUAAACACUAACAGGGACGUCACAACAGAAACACAAGAGAACAGAAAAGAGCAACAGUCAGUAAACAUCACUGGAGGAGAAGGCACACGAGGAGGAGGCGAGCAACUUCCCCGUCAGGCAGCCAAGACUGGCGGUGACACAGCGGGCAGACGGAGUUCCCUGAAGGACACCAAGUGUAGCAGCAGCCGGACAGCCGCGGCAUCGGCAUGCGCUAACGGGCACCUUGGCUCCGGCAGGCGACUAUCGCGCAAGUUCAAGUCUCUGUCGACGGGGACCCCCCCGAGGGGCCUGGACCUGGACAGGGUGACGCAGGGCAGGUCGGGCAUCGUGCGGAUUAUGAGGACCGAUCCGCCCCGCAGGGAGGCCUGGUCCAUCUUCCAUCCUGGGGCCGACCCGCGGGUGAAGGCCGAGCGGGGAGAGGGGCACCUCUUCGUACCCAAGCCCGUGGCACACGACUGGUGCGACGCAUGCAGCCGGCACAUCAGCGCAGCCGGAGCCGUCCAGUGUAAAUACUGCAGCUACACGUGUCAUCUGGAGUGCCAGGGCCUGGUCCAACUGGACUGUAACCAGGGAGACAGCCAAUCACAGCCUCGUACCACCGUCCCCUUAACGUUACCACAGCAACCACACUCCGCCACGCCCAGUCAGGAAACAACGCAUGUCGCCCCUGAGGAAGAGGAGAGGACGAAGGUAUUAUCAGCUGAUGAGCUGAGUGCCAUGAUAGAGGAGUACAACGCUAAGGCCUCAGACACUGAGCAGGGCAUGAAGCUGGCUAGUGAUGGUUCCUAUACAGGCUUCAUCAAGGUGCACCUGCGUCUGCGUCGGCCCGUGACGGUGUGUGACCCCCCCGGGGGCCCUGAUGAGGGAGGGGCUAAUGAGGUUGGCACGGCAACAGCGGCAGAGGGGGCGGGGUCAAGCCCAGGCCGCACCUCCUUCUACCUGCCCAGUGACGCGGUGAAGCAGCUCCACGUGGGCAGCACGACAACGGUUGCCGAGGUGAUCAAGGGCCUUCUGAAGAAGUACACCGUACUAGACAACCCUCGCAAGUUCGCACUGUACCGGCAAACACACAGAGACGGACAGGACCUGUUCCAGAAGCUGGCGGGUUCUGAGCAUCCUCUGUACCUGCGGCUGGUGGCCGGGCCCGACCCUGAACAGCUGACUUUUAUUCUGAAGGAGAACGAGACCGGAGACGUGGAGUGGCAUGCCUUCUCUCUGCCGGAGCUGCAGAACUUCCUGACCAUACUGGAGAAGGAGGAGAGGGAGCGUGUCCGGAUUGUGGAACAGCGCUACGGGGCGUACAAACACAGACUCAUGCAGGCGCUAAAGGACGCCCAGGCCUGACUGCCUCCCCUCCCCUCCCCAAAAAACAGGAGGACCCCCCCCUAAAACACCCCUCCUGUACCCCCUGCUCGACAGCACGAUAUGCGUCCGGUUAGUGGAGCAGGGAUACGGGGUGUACAGACACAGACUCAUGCAGGCGCUAAUGGACACCCAGGCCUGAUGCGUAACCCCAAAACCCAUGGGGACCCCCCCCCCCAAAACACGCGUAACCCCGCCCCCCAAAACACCCCUCCUCUACCGCCCUGCUCGUCAUCACGAGGCGUGCGGUUGGUAGAGCACAGCUAUGGGGAGCACAGACAGGAGUGUACCAACACAGAGACAGACCAGGACACCCAAGCACACUGGUCACCCUCCCAUGUUAACACGUGCUCUACAACGCCCUGUGACUGGUUACACACACACACACACACACACACACACACACACACACACACACACACACACACACACACACACACACACACACACACACACACACACACACACACACACACACACACACACAAAUUAUAGGAGUUGUGGGGCCCAUGUUCCAGGGUGUCGUACUUUUGCACCUUUGCCCCCCGAUUACACACAUCCAGGAACCUAGGGGGCAGGGCUUGACAACUCCCAACCAAUCAAAUUAAGGGGUGCCAGUAGACAAACCAAUCAGAAUUGGCGGCUCUCAGGACUUCACCAAUCACAGUGGCCGGCCUCUACAGACUCAACCAAUCCAAACUGCAGAUGGUGAACAUGUGACCUAUCCCACUCAGGACAGCCUCCAUAGGCGACUCCCCGCCCACCAAACCCCUCUCCCUCCCUCCCUUCUUCUUUUUGGUAAACGAGUGCAAAGAUGGAGUGAUACAUAAUCAUCUAGUAAAGGGGAAGAGGAGAGGCAGUGGCAUGAGUGUGUGGUCAUCCUGUGAAUGAUAUGCGAUAUGCUGUCUCGCAGCAGUCUGUGUGUGUGUGUGUGUGUGUGUGUGUGUGUGUGUGUGUGUGUGUGUGUGUGUGUGUGUGUGUGUGUGUGUGUGUGUGUGUGUGUGUGUGUGUGUGUGUGUGUGUGUGUGUUUUUUAUUUGUGUGCUAUUUUGUUUUCUCUCCUUAUUUUGCUUUAGUGUGUUCCUCUUUCAGUCAUCAUUUUGUGUUUUUUUCUUGUAGUUUGAUUGAUUUUUUAUUUCAUUUUAUUUUAUUUUUUCAUUUCAUUUGUUCUGCACAUGUCGCUGCUAAUGUAAGUGUUACUUAGAGCAAAACUCUCUUCAACAGGCACUGAUGGAGCCCCAAGCAUGCGUGUGUGUUUAUGUGUGCACGUGUGUGUGCGUGCGUGCGUGCAUGCGUGCGUGCGUCUGUGUGUGUGUGUCAGAGAGAUACACUGAGACAUGUACGUACAUGCAGAAGGUGUUUCUCUGAUCACAGACACACACAGAGACUUUGACUAAGCAUAACCUUUUUCUGCUGUAAAAACAAAAAAACUGAAAGUAAACAAAACAACACAUUUACAUUAAUAAGAGCAUAUUAUAGUGCUAUACAGUUUUACUAUACGAACCACAUAGAGUAAGAAGAUAUUGAGUCAUUUUCAUGGUGUGUGACCUUACUGAGAUGGUGAUUUGUGAGUUAAGGACUCCUAGAAGUGCCCAUUCUAUUGUCUUUUAAACCUCUUGGGUGUGUGCACACUAAGAUAUUUGAAGUACUCUUAGUGUGCAUACUAUUGUCUUUGAAGGACUCUUAGAAGUGUGCCUUCUGGGGUCUUUUAAGGUCUAUUAGAAGUGUGCAUUCUAAGGUUUAGUGCACAUGUUGUGAUGCUCCAUACUCCACGCUCCAUUGUAAAUCAUCCAUACUGCAUGUGAACAUGAGAUUACAUACGUAUGUAUAUGGGAACGAAAAGGUGAAGUGGAUAGUAUACUAUUCUAUUGUACUGUAUGGCAAGAAGACAGUGACAUUUUGAGAAUACUCUUCUGAUAUACUGUACAUAUGUAGGUCUAUGGAAAUGAGAUAGUGGGUAACACAGUGGAACGGUAAAAUAUGCAGUGCUAAUUCGACACGUAGAGAGUUGAUUUAACAUCUUUUAUAGUGUAUUUGGUCUCAGAGCACUCAGGGACUGAGGGUUGAAUUAACACUGCAUUUGUUUACGGUGUACUAUUCAGAUAUACAUACUAUACAUGGGAAUAAAGGAUUGGGUUUGGAGUGUACUAUUCGGAUGUAUAGGGGAGCAUGUCCAGCUACAUACUUUUAAAAUGUUUGAAAUGUGGAAAAUGGGCAAGAUGUUUUUUUAAAAGAAGAACCUUGACUGUUACGGGGAAAUGUGUGUGUGCUUGCAUAAAGGUGUGUGUGUGUGUGUGUGCGAAUGUUUGAACAUUUUUGUAGAGUCACCCCACAACCCCCAAACUUUUUAAGUUGGAGUAACACACCCCAACCACCUCAACGCAUAAGUUAUUUCUUUGAAUUACUCCUUACUCCUCCCUUAUCUUGUGACAAAGCCUUGUGACUCAAAUGUGUCCUCUUUUAGAGAUUUUGCUAAGUCAAAUUUGCAGUGACUGAUAUAUCCAACCUAGUACCAAGGCCGUUCCAAUGUUGGCGUAGUUACUGCACUUUGCCUUUGUAGGGCACUGUACUGUACUGUACUGACUACUGUAAUGGACUGUAAUCUAGUCUCAGUUCAUUUAGAGCCCUGACGGUAAUGAAGUGUAAUCCAAUCUCAGGCUGAUGACCCCGAAAAGACAGCCAUGAUCUUGCUGGCAGUGCCUUUUGCCUCUGUUUUGUGUGUGUGUGCGUGUGCGUGUGCAUGGUAACUUAUUGUACCGCCCUCGUCCUGUUCUGGGGUGGGGGGUCCUAUUGGGGGGGUUGAAUGAUUGUUUUGCUCUCUGGCAAUCUCCUCUAUCCAGUAAAACAUAGCAGCCAGUUAAACGUUAAAAAGUAAGUUGCCCUGUAGGGCCAAGUUGGGAAGUAAGUUAACUCAACUUGAGAAUGCUUCAAGUUGAGUUAAGCCUCGAGUUGAAUUAACUUACGGCAGCAAGGCAACUUACCUCUUUACUUUUAACUGGCUUGCAAUGUUUUGCAGUGUAUCCAGUGCUGAGAAUCAGAUGUGUAUGGAUACUAUAUCGUCACUGUCCAGCAGAAACCUCGUAUCUCCACUAUUUUUUAAAAACAUUAUGUCAUAUUCAUUCUUUAUUUAUUAUGAAAUAUAAAUCAGUACUGCUGAUUAGUCUCCAUGAGUAUGUGUGUAUGAUACAUUAUUUAAUAACCAACUUUAAUGUUGAAAUGAUUAUUUAUUUAGAAUAUAUAGUGAUUUAUAUAUAAAUAGGUAAAAAACAAUGAGAAGUGGAGAUACACGGUGUCUGCCUGACAGCAACGAUAUGUACUGUACUGUACACUGUAAAACAUUGCAAGCCAAUUAAACAUAAAAAGUUCAUUUGCCCUGCUGCCUUAAGUUUGCAAGUUUACCCAACUCAAGGCUUAAGUCAACUUGAGGCUUUCUCAAGUUGAGUUAACUUACAAACUUAAUGCAGCAGGGCAACUUACGUUUUUACGUUUAACUGGCUGCAAUGUUUUACAGUGUAUACAGAUGUGUAUAAAUGCUGUAUGUACUGUAUUCUAUACAGAUGUGAAUAGAUAUGAUAUGCACUGUACAUGUACAGUUGUAAAGACCUUAAGAAAUGAAAAAUUUAAAAAAUAAAAA